AGACAGGCCUUGGGGCUUCGCAGCAGAGAGCGUCCGCUGAGCCAGGGCAGCACACUGAGGUGUGGACAGCCCGAGGGUGCUGGGGAGGCAGGGGGGAGGCCGGAAGAGGGGGAAGGGCUGGUCUGGCUGCCGCCCGGCCCCUCCUCCUCCCCAGCAGUCCCACCCCCGCCCUCGGCCUGGCUUCUCAGAGCGCUGGACCUGAGCAGUGGACACACAAGCCCUGACAGCCCCAAGUCACCAUGGACGCUGAAGGCCUGGCACUCCUGCUGCCUCCGACCACGCUGGCAGCCCUGGCAGACAGCUGGCUCCGGGAGGACUGCCCAGGCCUCAACUACGCAGCCUGGGUCGCGGGGGCAGCCCCCUCGCAGGCUGCGCUGUGGGCCAAAUCCCCCGGGCUACUGGCAGGGCGGCCUUUCUUCGAUGCCAUCUUUGCCCAACUCAGCUGUCAGGUCUCCUGGUUCCUCCCUGAGGGAUCAAAGCUGGUGCCAGUGGCCAAGGUGGCUGAGGUCCGGGGCCCUGCCCACUGCCUGCUGCUGGGGGAACGGGUGGCCCUUAACACUCUGGCCCGCUGCAGUGGUGUGGCCAGCGCUGCUGCAGCUGCUGUAGAGGCCGCCAGGGGCACCGGCUGGACUGGGCACGUGGCUGGCACGAGGAAGACCACGCCAGGCUUCCGGCUGGUGGAGAAGUACGGGCUCCUCGUGGGUGGGGCCGCCGCGCACCGCUAUGACCUGGGAGGGCUGGUGAUGGUGAAGGACAACCACGUCGUGGCAGCCGGUGGUGUGGAGAAGGGCCAGGUGCCAUCCGGGCCUCACCACCGCCCUCCCGCUGCCCGGCAGGCGGUGCAGGGCGCCCGGCAGGCGGCCGAUUUCGCGCUGAAGGUCGAGGUGGAGUGCAGCAGCCUGCGGGACGCGGUGCAGGCGGCCGAGGCAGGGGCCGACCUCGUCCUGCUGGACAACUUCAGGCCGGAGGAGCUGCACGCCACGGCUGCCGCGCUGAAGGCCCGGUUCCCGAGUGUGGCCGUGGAAGCCAGCGGAGGCGUCACGCUGGGCAACCUCCCUCAGUUCUGUGGGCCCCACAUCGAUGUCAUCUCUUUGGGGAUGCUGACCCAGGCCGCCCCGGCCCUCGAUUUCUCCCUCAAGCUGUUUGCUGAAGUGCCCCACGCUCCCCAGUCCUAAGGCCGAAGGAGAUGACACUGGCAGUGGGUUAACGUGGCUUGCCGGCACCCUGGAGGUCACUGGCCAGCAGGGCACACUUGGCGUUACCCUGGGCUCAACUCCAGCUCUGCCACCUACUGCUCGUGUGUCCCGGCGGGGCUGACUUCACCUCUGCUCACCUCAGUUUCCUAAUCUGCAAAAUGGGACUAAUGAAUGAUUAACCUCUUGGAGUUUUUGGAGUGGUAAUUAACAUAUAGUAAGUGAUCAGUAAAUGCUAAAACUUAUCAUAGUU